UGUUGAAGUCUUCUUUUGUGUAAGAUGAGGCAGUGGUGAAAUUAUAAGAGGCUGGGAUACAUCACGAUCAGAGAUGCAUCAAACAAAUUUUAGAACCUUUGCAGAGCUUCUUUCCGAGUUACUCCAAUUGGCUGAUGAGGUUGCUUCACUCGCCAAGGAUUCCGAAACUGAACCAGAGAUUUUCACAGAAUUUGCUGUUUUUGUAGAAAAAUUCUCACCCAUUCUUAUUGAUUUAAGGGAUAAUAGCUCUGUCAUGGACACACUGUCCAUUCAAAAGGCAGUUGAGUCGCUAGAAAAUGAGCUUAGACAUGCUAGGACAGUAAUCAAGGCUUCCAAUUCAAUAUCAUCGAAACAGGUUGGGGAAAUUAUUCAUGAUCUUGGUAGAUGUCUAGGCCUUGUGCUUUUGGCAAGCCUUGAUGUGUCAAUUGAAAUCAAAGAAAAGUUUGGAGCUUUACAUAAAGAAAUGAUGAAUGUAAGGUUCAAUGCAAGCACUGACCAUGAAUUGGAGUUUAUUAAUGACCUGGAAGUGAAGGGGGAGAAUGAUAGAAGAAUCAUUCUUGAUAUUAACGAUAUUGCCUUGCACCUUAAAUAUGGAAAUGAUGAAGAAUUCAGGCUUGCACUUUCUGGAUUAAGAUCACUAAUUAGCGAGAAGAUGAUUCAGAAUGAAUGGGUAAACGAUGAAAGUAUUAUUCCAAUUCUUUUGAAUCGAUUGCCAUCUAGUAAGGAGAAUGAUCGGUUGACUAUAAUUUCAAUACUGAAGAGCCUUCUAGUGGAGAAUGAUGAAAACAAGGGGAAAAUGGUGGAUGUUGGAUCCUUGUCGAUGUUGGUGCGCUCUUUAACACAGGAUGUUGAAGAGCGUCGAGAAGCUGUUGGGCUCUUGCUGGCUCUCGCGGAAGUCCCAGCAGUCCGUCGGAGGCUUGGCAGAAUACAAGGUUGUAUUCUUAUGUUGGUUGCUGUGCACAAUGGGUUCGACCCUCAUUCUUCACAGGAUGCAGGGAAAUUGUUGAAUAUUUUGUCAAGCAACACUCAGAAUGUUCUUCAUAUGGCAGAGGCAGGUUACUUCAAGCCUCUGAUAGAAUAUCUGAGGGAAGGUUCCGAUAUGAGUAAGAUUCUUAUGGCAACAGCACUUUCAAGAAUGGAGCUUACGGACCAGAGUAGAGCUGCUCUUGGUGAAGGAGGAGCAAUUGAACCCCUUGUCAAAAUGUUUAGUUCUGAAAAACUUGAAGCCAAGCUCUCUGCGUUGGGUGCCCUGCAGAAUCUGUCUAGUUUGGCUGAAAAUGUUCAGAUUUUAAUUAAUUCAGGCAUUGUAACAUCUUUGCUCCAGCUCCUUUUCUGUGUUACUUCUGUGCUCAUGACACUUCGAGAACCAGCUUCAGCCAUACUUGCCAGUAUUGCUCAGUCAGAAUCUAUACUUGUGAAUCAAGAUGUGGCAGAAAAGAUGCUCCCACUUUUAAACUUGUCCAGCCCAGAAAUUCAGUGUAACCUCUUAAGAGCACUCAAUAGUAUUGCCAGCCACUCCAAUGCAUCCAAGGUUAAAUUCAAGAUGAAAGAAAAUGGUGCACUUCAGCUUCUCCUACCCUUCUUAACUGACCGAAAUACAGAAAUCAGAACAGUUGCCUUGAAUUUACUAUACAAUCUCUCUAAAGAUUCUCCAGGAGAGUUGUCUGAACAACUGGAAGAGAUCCAUCUCAAUGUUAUAGUAAAUAUUGUCUUAGAAUCAGUGUCGGAGGAUGAAAAAGCUGCUGCUCUUGGACUAUUGAGCAACAUCCCUGCUGGCAACAAAAAAGCGACAGAUUUUCUCAAAAGGGCAAAUUUGCUGGCCAUUCUGCUUUCAUUGUUGGGUGUAUGCACCCCAACUUCAACACCCACAAGGAGAUGGUUAGUCGAGAGUGUUGCGGCUAUAUUGAUUCGGUUUACAGUUCCUUCAGAUAAGAAACUUCAGCAACUAGCUGCUGAACAUGGGGUGAUCCCGUGGCUUGUGAAGUUGCUCUCAAUUGGGUCGCCGACUGCCAAAUGUAGAGCUGCAACUUCGUUAGCUCAGCUGUCACAGAAUACACUUCACCUUAGCAAAUCCAGAGCAUUGAGGUGGCUUUGUAUGCCUCCCUCUGGACAUGCAUUUUGUGAAGUUCAUGAUGGCUACUGCUUCGUGAAAAGCACGUUUUGUCUUGUCAAGGCUGGUGCUCUCUCACCACUAUUCCAAAUUUUGGAAGGUGAAGACAGAGAAGCAGAUGAAACUGUCCUUGGUGCCCUUUCAACUAUCAUGCAAGAUGAGAUCUGGGAAAAUGGUAGUAAGUUCAUUGCCAAAUCAUCGGGCGUUCAUGCCCUUUUGAGAGUUCUUGAAUUAGGUAAUGUAAAGGCCCAAGAGAAAGCACUUUGGAUAUUGGAAAGGAUUUUUCGAAUGGAGGAUAAUAAAGUGCAGUACGGAGAACCCGCUCAAGUGUUGCUUAUUGAACUAGCACAAAAGGGAUCUCCAACCUUAAAAUCAACAAUUGCUCAGAUUUUGGCGCAUCUUGAGCUCCUGCAAGUUCAAUCAAGCUACUUCUGAGGAAGUUUAAAUUGAGUAAGGUGUGUAUUAUUUUUAUUUGGUGAAAUUAAUUUCAUGAUUCUUUCGGUGUUCCAAUUGUUGUUUCUCCUAUCAGUUGGUUCAUGACUAGAUGUGUACAUUAGUAGAUCUCAGGUGUAAUUUAGUUUAAGAAGGUAACUGUGUACAUGAAAAUUGUCAAAUUGGAAAUAAAAGAUGGGGAUGGUGGUGAAAACGUCACCAUCUUUCUGCUAA